AUGAAAUCAGAUGACAUAAUGGAGGACAAGAAGAAUCGUAUUUUAGAACAAUCAAUCAUAAAAAAUACUACAAGGGACAAUGAAAUAUGCAAAAAUGAGACUGAUAGAGUUAACACUAAUCAUACUAAAUGUAAAGGUAAUCAGAUGGAAGGUAUUGAAAAGAAUAAGUCUAUUAGUCAAAUACCUAGUUCUAAAAGCAGUAGUAGAGAGUAUAUAAUUUCUUAUCCAAAAAACAAAAUAGAGAAACCAGGCUUUUCUCCUGGACUAAACAAAAUUCAUAAACCAUCCAAAACAUCAGCAAAAAAGAAACAUAAAAAUGUCAAUAAGGUUACAAAAGUUAUAACACACAAAUCAGAUUCAUUCUAUACGGGUGCUAUUGUAGGAUCAUUCCUUGGAGCAGUCAUAUCUAGUGCAAUCACGAAAUUUUUAACAGAAACCACUUGA